CUCCCGCUGCAUUCACUUCCUUUCAAUUCAGACCACACGGCUAAUAGCGAUGCAGAUGACGCUGCAGCUGCCCGCGAUCCGAUCCAACGGCUCAGGGGCAGUGGUGGCCACUGUUUCUUCUCUCUCUCGAUUCCCUCCAACCUUCAAAAACGGCAGCAGCAAAAUUCUCCCCUCCCCUUCUUAUCAUUCUCACCAUUACCCCCUUUCUUUUCCCAAAUUCCCCAUUUUAUCCUCUUCUUCUUUCCUUGGGUUUUCCUUUAAGAACCGGAAAACUAUAACCGCUGCUUCUUCCUAUCCUUUCUCUUCUCCCGACCCAGAUUCUGAAGGGGCAAAAUUGGCACAGGUUUCAAAGAGAUUAGCAAAUACUUCUAGACAUUUCAAACGGUUGGGUAGUCUAGGAUUUUGGAGUCAGUUAGUGUGCACUGUGGUGGCUGCUGGAAUUCUCUCAUUCUCUGCAGUUGUUAAUGGGAAGAUCACGUCACCAUUUACAUUCUACGCCACUGCGGGUGGUAUUGCGGCAGCAUUUGUGUCAGCGUUUUGGUCAUUCGGCUACAUUCGUCUGUCUGACCAGCUUCGAAGAACUGCAAAUGAACCAACAAAGGCUCCUCCUCGUGUUCAAGUUGUAAAGAGCUUAAAAAAUGGUACGAUGCUAAACAUUCUCGGGAUGGGUGCUGCAAUUCUAGGCAUGCAAGCUACUGUUGGGUUAUUGGUUGCAAAGGCCCUUACUUCAUCUGUAGUUCCAUACUACCAAGGGACCUCCCCCGUCUACGGUCCCGUUUUAGCGUUAGAUGUAUUCUUAGUGCAGGCAUCAGCCAACACCAUCCUUUCUCAUUUCUUGGGCCUUGUUUUCUCACUUGAACUGCUGCGUUCAGUGACAUUGCCACCCACAGAAGGUAGUGUGAUUCCGAGAACAGUUUAGGAUUCCUGUCCCUGACGGUGAAAUAAAAUCGACCCUGGUUGUUGGGAAUUCUGUUUGUUAGUGUGCAUAUUACAUUCCAUGCAUGCUUCUAUUCAUUGCUCCAGUGCUGAAAAUGCAGUCGGCGCUUUCCUGUAAGGGUCAACAGACAUGGGGUCCAUUCCAAGUUCCAGAGCUCCCCCUUUGAAUGUUUAGCAUCGCAUAAUUGCAGUUAUCUCUUGAAAGGAUGAAACUAUGGGACCAAGUCAUGCACAAUAUGUUCUUAUUUGGAACAGACUGAUUUUAGAGGCAUCCCUUCAACUUGAACUAUAUCAUCUUUAAUGGAAAAUCAGUGAACUAAUUAUUG